AUGCAACAACUUUUAGCCCAACAUCCUAUUUCAGCUCCCAAGCUCAAAAGAAUGCGAUCAAAAGGGUAUGAGCAGACACCAACUGAUGAGCAACCGAUUGACUCUCGUCCACCAGCCAUUCCUUUAAGAGUCUCGUAUGACUCGGCAAUUGGAAUGAAAGGGACACGCAGCAGAGGAGUUUCUGGAGGUAGCAAAUGCGAGAAAGAGGAAAACGACAGUUCUUCGCGUUCUUCGCGUGGAAGAUGGACCAUUUCACCCGACGCUACUCUCCGAGCUUUGACACCAGCCAUGAGGAGCACCAGCCGCGGUGACUACAAGGGCAAGCGCAGUAUGAGCAAAGAAAAGAAACAUGGAGUUACGGGAGAUGUCAAGGGAAAGAAAGAUUCUGGUCUUUGGGCUUGGGCAACAUGGUUUUAG